UGAACAGCUCUGUUCCUCUGCAGUCCGGCCCGCACACAUUCACACACUAACCCCAGUGAGGAUUCAAUAUCCUGUAUCCUGUAGAUAGAUCAUAAAAAAAAAACAUCUCAACAUGCCAUUUUCGGAAUUAUAUUUUAACGUGGAUAAUGGCUAUUUGGAAGGGCUGGUGAGAGGUUUUAAGGCUGGAAUCCUCACUCAGGGCGAUUAUCUGAACCUGGUUCAGUGUGAAACGCUGGAAGAUCUGAAGCUUCACUUGCAGAGCACGGAUUAUGGAAGCUUCCUGGCCAACGAAGCCUCUCCUCUCACCGUAUCGGUCAUCGAUGACAAGCUGAAGGAGAAGAUGGUGGUGGAGUUCCGCCACAUGAGGAACCAGUCCUACGAGCCUUUGGCCAGCUUCAUGGAUUUCAUCACUUACAGCUACAUGAUUGAUAACGUCAUCCUGCUGAUCACGGGCACGCUGCACCAGAGGGCUAUCUCAGAGCUGGUGCCUAAAUGCCACCCACUAGGCAGCUUUGAGCAGAUGGAGGCCGUCAACAUUGCCCAGACCCCUGCUGAGCUCUACAACGCCAUCCUGGUUGAUACACCAUUGGCUGCUUUCUUCCAGGAUUGCAUCUCGGAGCAGGAUCUGGAUGAGAUGAACAUAGAGAUCAUACGUAACACUCUGUACAAGGCUUAUCUUGAAGCCUUUUAUAAGUUCUGCACCAAUCUCGGUGGGACCACAGCAGACACAAUGUGCCCGAUUCUGGAAUUUGAGGCAGACCGGAGGGCCUUUAUAAUCACCAUCAACUCAUUUGGGACAGAGUUGUCUAAAGAGGACCGAGCUAAACUCUUCCCUCACUGUGGAAAGCUUUACCCAGAAGGCCUAGCACAGCUGGCACGGGCUGACGACUACGAGCAGGUCAAAGCUGUUGCUGACUACUACCCUGAAUACAAGCUUCUGUUUGAGGGUGCUGGGAGUAACCCAGGCGAUAAAACGCUGGAGGAUCGCUUCUUUGAGCACGAGGUGAAGCUGAACAAACUGGCCUUCCUUAACCAGUUCCACUUCAGUGUGUUCUACGCUUACGUGAAGCUGAAGGAGCAGGAAUGCCGUAACAUCGUGUGGAUCGCAGAGUGUAUCGCUCAGAGGCACCGCGCUAAGAUAGACAACUAUAUCCCUAUUUUCUAAUGUUAGACCCUUUCCUUAACUCCUGUCUGAAAUUGUUCUUCCCACCCUGUUAUUUAUAAGUUCUGUAUAUUUUGAAUCAUUUCUAUAAUAUCUAAUGAUCUGUGUUUGUGUUGAAGUCCAAGCUUUCAGGCAGCAGCUUUCUCUGGUUGAGAUUUAACACGUUUACAGCCUGCCUCAAAGAAAAUCAUCCUGGGUGAUUCUCGGUUCAGUUAAAGUGUUGGAAACUUUAAUGUACUUUAAGGAUCGAAGCAGCAUUAAUCAUGCGACACAACAUUUCGUUGUAGCUGGCGUGUUCUAAUCUCUACACCUACACUCUGACAUCCUGGUCUCGCGCUCAUAUUUCUCCUUGUAAAUCUCCUGAUCCAUUGUCUUUACCGUAAUGCAUUAUUAUACAGAUGGCUUGAAGGUGUUUAGUGCUGAGAUGUGGAAAAAAAAAACAAGAAGAAGAUCACAGGAACAUCACUCUGAAUAAAGCAAAAGUGUAAUUGGACAUUUUCCAGACUUUAGGGCUGCACAAUUGAGUCAAACAUUCCAUAAGUUUAACAUGUCUGUAUAUCCUUAUCUUAUUAUAGUAAAUCUUAAUUUCUGAAUCUUCCCAAAUGAAACCUUGCUGUAUAGACAUGUCAUUUUUCCCCUUGUAAAGUGAAUCCCAUCACAAUCAUUUCUCAAACUCAUCCAGAUGAUGUAAUGAGUAUUACAAAUGCAUUAGUGGGGUGGGGGGGUGAAGCGAAUUUUAUGAUAGAAACAUGCCUAAGUGGACCGGUGUUGCGUUUUCUUGUGUAUGGAUGCAUUACUCCGAUUAAGCUGAUGUGAAUUGUGCUGUUCUCUUUUUUGUAAAUUAGUCUUGACUAACUUAUGGUGUAGAUCAAAUUUUAUCAACGAGAGCCAGAUGUGAAAGGUCGGACCUAUAUACGAAGAUGAUUUAAAUGUGACCUCACGUUCAGGUAUCCCGUGCUGUAUAAACGAUACUGUAUUUCUGUAAUCUUGCUUGUGUUCUGUGUCGGAGAGAAUAUACGGAAUCUGUGUCUAAA